CAUCUUAGAACCUUAAUCCCCCUUUCAACUUACACACUUACACAACAAAUCGACAGCAACACCAACGAAACAUAGCAAUAUCUCACCAACAUCUUUGAACAUAGAGCUGUGACUUCACAAUAUCGAGAUUGAGCCAUAGAAGACGAAAUAUGCUACAAUCACCCAAAUAUCUAACCGGUGAUUCUGCCGCCAUCAAUGAGUUUCUUGAUAAAUUCGACGUCUUUUUACUCGAUUGCGAUGGAGUCUUAUGGUCUGGUGACCACCUCUUUGAGGGUAUCGUUGAGACAUUAGAGAUGUUGAGAUCUAAGGGAAAACGAAUUGUAUUCGUGACGAACAACUCCACAAAAGCCCGCCCGGAUUACCAAAAGAAGUUGACGGCUAUGGGUAUCCCGAGCAACGUCGAAGAGAUCUUCGCAUCCGCUUACUCAUCAGCCAUCUACAUUUCACGCAUCUUGAAACUACCCGCGCCCAACAAGGUAUUUGUUAUUGGCGAGAGUGGUAUUGAAACUGAGCUACGCACCGAAGGUAUACCUUUCAUCGGCGGCACCGAUCCAGCCCUCCGCCGUGACAUAACGCCUGAGGAUUUCAAUGGCCUAGCCGAUGGCUCGCUGCUGGACCCGGAUGUCGGUGUUGUACUUGCGGGAUUGGAUUUCCACAUUAAUUACUUGAAGCUGUCUAUGGCAUUCCAGUAUAUCCGCCGUGGUGCUACGUUCCUCGCUACCAAUCUCGACAGCACCUUACCAAUGAGUCACACCUUCUUCCCCGGCGCCGGGUCGAUCUCCAUUCCCAUUGUGAACAUGACCGGACAGACUCCGAUUGCCUUGGGAAAGCCUAGUCAAGCUAUGAUGGACGCAAUUGAGGGCAAGUUUCAAUUGGAUCGAGCGAGAACGUGUAUGGUCGGCGACAGAUUGAAUACGGACAUUCAAUUCGGUGUUGAGGGAAAACUGGGUGGUACUCUAGCCGUACUCACCGGAGUUAACAAAAAGGAACAUUGGGAGGCCGCUGAUGCGGUCGCCGUCCCCGCCUAUUACGCCGACAAGCUAAGCGACCUUCGAGGUGCGACGUCAUAACGGUAAUUUUUCCAUCUACAUUCUACGAUUUGACUUCAAUAUUUUAUAGAUUUGGUGCUCUAUUAUGGUAUUACAUAACUACGAGUAUAGACAGAUCAAGACUCACCAUAUAGAUGGGGAGAUAUCUCAGACGAAAAUUUAUACUACAUUGCGAAUCCACUUCUCGUCUACUUGGAAGAUUAUUCAUCACCAUCAUUAGUGUCUUAUUCGACUCCAAAUUUCGGGGCAACAUUGUCGGCCCAACGAACGGUAACCGAAUUCUCCAAUACAUCUCCGAAACCGCUCCCGCUAUUGGGAAUGACGGCUCGAUAUGCCGAUUU